AUGGAUACUUUUGUUUUCAAGAAUGAUCUCAUGGAUCUCACCCUUAAGAGUAGGGUCAAUGCUCCUUAUAGUUUGCCUUCCUACAUGUACUGUGUAGAAUUAGAAAGUUUGGACCUUUCCAACUGCAUUUUCAGGCCACCGUCCAGCUUUAGGGGUUUCCACAAGCUCAGAAGUCUUUCACUACAUCAAGUCGCCUUAGAAUUAGAUGAUGUUGCGACUUUUUUUUUGUGGAUGCCAAACCUUGAGAGCCUCCGUUUUAUGUCGUGCAGUGGUCUUCAUCACUUGAAAAUAUAUGCUCCAGAACUUGUGCUAUUAAUUUACUGUACAAGUGGCAUUGACACCCUUCAGUUGGGUAAUUUCAUGGACUGUCGGAAGCUGAUAACAGUUUUACUUGCAUCACAAAACAAUCAAGAUAAAGCUAUGAACUUGACCAAUCUUCUCAGUAGCUGGCCUAAAGUUCGUCUGUCUUCUUUUGGACAGUUACUACCUUAUGGGAAGUCUGUUGCUUCUGGUAUUGAAGCAGAGAGCCUCAACAGCUUGAGGGUUCUCACUCUUCAUCAAUUCAACUUUGAUGAUGAAGAUCAGAUAUCUUCCCUUCUAAGAAUGCAUAGCGGCUCUCCCAAUUUGAAUCCCUUCUAUUUUCGUUGCGCUCGAAGAAGAAAGGUGAUGUUGAAGUCAAUGUGA